AUGUUAUCAUCAUCGCCUCAUUGCAAUUACCCUGAGAUCAUCGAUGAGCAUGGUGGUGUGGAGAAAGUAACAGAAUCUCUGAUCCACCUUAUAAGUCCACACAUUAUCCAGUUCCAGGGCCAUGAAGUAACAAGAACUGCACUGAACGCAAUUGUCUGUCAACAAAUUGAUAGUAAUGAGCCCUGGAAUAUGCCUUUAGGUUACGCAAGCAUUGUAUGUGAUGACCGAGAUACAUUAUGGUGGAGGUUAUAUAUAGGCCGAUGCUCUUUAUCAUGGCGGCGGAUUGUGUGCCAACAUGCCCAGCAAAUUAUCAAGGGAUCAACAGCAAGUCUCUACUACUUUAGUCUGUGGAUAGGAAACGGUCAUCGAUAUGCUAGGUUUAUCAAGCUUUGGGGUUUUCCUAAGGACACGGUGACUGAUGGAUGGUAUCAAGCCUGCAGCAAUCUACUUGAGGCCCUGUUCUGCAGAGCUUUCAGGACCCAUCACGGAAUGUUGAAUCGACUGGGAUCGAAGUACCAGAAUUAUGGUAAGGCCUCAACCUUGGGAUGGGGUCUUAAUAUAAUGUCACCGCUCGUGCAGGGAAAUUUGGCCCUGAACAAAGAACUUCGGACCAAGGCAAACAUUGGUCCCAGUAAGGCAGCAGAUCGACAGAUCCAAUACUGGGCCGUUUUCAACUCACGACAGAAGGCAGCUGCUGAGAAGAAUAGAGGAAAAGAAAGUAUCAAGGCUGUGUUCGAGAGAGAUUUCGACGCUGCAUUACAACUCGCUUUGAAUAAUGACGAAGAGGCCUUUAACAUGGUCAGAGAAUCACUCCAGCUACAACAAGAAACGUCCGAUUUCAGUGAAAAUUUGGCUCAUAUACCCUUUUGUGGUAGUUUGACCUCCAAAGGGCGAAUAAAUACGCCCAUGAGAGCUAGUAAUAAUGAUGACAAGCAGCACAUGCUCACAAUCCCAUGGUCUCUAGAUGGAUGUGGCUUUACUGAGGGAAAUAUUCUCAUCUGGACCUACGACUUUAAGAGUUUUACGAGUAUAGGUCUUAAGCAUCUUGGUCAUGAUAUUCUGACAGAUCCUGAUGCCAGAAAGUUCCAUGAAACUUUGCUCGCAACCAGCCAAGCUAAGAUUAUUUUCCUAUGUGGGCCUCAAUCAGAGAAGCUUAUACGAGCCAUUGUGAGGAAUUCGCACCAUACUCUGUCUCUACGCGGAUUUGACUACCCACUCUAUCGUGACCCCUUACGGAAUCGUCUUUUUAUCUGCUGUCCUCCUCUACCUGCAGAGAUCUGGUCCGUUAGCACAAGACAUAGUAUCAAGAUAAGUGAGGCUUUGAGGUUUGCAGUUAACUUCAUCCCAUCAUUAAACAGCGUUAUUGGUUAUAUCUUGCGCCAAGCAAGGAAAGAAAGACUCGGAGGAGAAGCCCUGACUGCUGACACUGUGAACGAGGGUGUCCGGCUCUGGCUAGCCAGAAGAAACAUGGGUCAAACUGAAGAUAUAAAGGAAAUAGAGAAGAUUGCUGGCUCACUUACUCGCGGCCUCUUAAUGGUUUUGAAAUUCCUUCCAAGGAGACCGAAAAGUGAUGGGAAUGAAUCCAAAGAAAGAAGCCCGCAGCCCAGCAGGAGAGCCACUGAAAGGGUGAGGGUUCAUGAAUCCUUCAAUGUGGAGCAGUAUCGGAAGAUAGGAGACUUUGUUCACAAGCAUCUAGACGAGCGGGAGGUAGAUUACAGAAACCGUUUAUCUCGGCUGUGUGCGGAGUCACCGCGGCCUCAAGACAAGGAGAGAUGUUCUACUAGCUCUGAUAAAGGAGGAAGUGAUGCGCCAUCCACUGAUCCGGAGUCUAUUGCAGCACUGAAAUGCUUUUCACAAUUGCAGGGUCAAGAAUUUCAGACGGGCGCAGCAGAAAUGAAAGGACUGGUAGAACACUGUCAGCCCGAGGCAGGAGAUAGGGACUACGAAGCUCCCAUUGAUAUCCUUCAAGGCCUUACAGCCAGAGUUAUAGGUGAAGGUUUUCUUGACCCCGUCGGUGUCACUGCUGCACAGCCCGUCAUCGCUGGGGCUAGUGACAAGAAGCGGCAGGGCGUGAAAAGUGUGGUGUGGAAGAAUGAAGACCUCAAGCGCCACAUCUAUAUCUACUAUUGCGAGAUUCGGUUCCCGGCUAAUAUGGAUAUCUUAGAUGAAAUGGUCUUUAUCAAACUAGAGCUUUGUCCUUUGGGAGAAAUACAUACAAGUCUAUAUGCAACCUCAAGCUCUGAAGCUCACGAUGAUCCGGCCCUACGUCUAGCCUUCCGGGUUAGAUACAUCGACUCUUUCGGUCGUGAAGUGGUAUACUAUGCAACAAAUCCAGCCAUUAGUAAGGUUUUCAGGGCGAAUACCUUGGUGGAGGUUCUGGAGAAGAAAUCAUUGGAAGAUAUUUCACGGUUCCCGAGACGGUUUAUCCACAUUGGUAGUCAAAAUAAUGCUCAUCCCUUGCUUGAACGCUUUAGGCGUGGGGGAAAUACCAGCCCACUUCCUCGUUAA